CAGAAUACUAUACUUAUACGUUGCAGUUUCGUUUUUGGGGGUCCUGAUGAUAAACUCUAUUUUGUUCAAGAUGUUUAAACUUUCUUCUGUCUCAUAUGACUUUAUCAUCUACCACUUUAUCACAUCUCUGGCAACUGCAGCUGCAACACUGAUCUCAACUUUGAGGCUGGCACCUUAUCAUAGGGUAUUCAGGUCAGUCACAAAGUUGCUCCUUCUAGUCCCAAAUAAACCGUUUCAAACAUGUUCUUACAGAACAGAGAUACUAGAAGAUGUGCCUUUACGGAUCUAUACUCCAUCAGUUAUCAAAUCAGACGUUGUAAUCGUCUACUAUCAUGGAGGGAUGUUUUGUUACUACAGUCAGGCUAUGUACCAUACACUUAUGUAUACAUUAGCAAUAACAAAUGGGUGUAAGGUUAUUUUGUGUGGUCAGAAGCUUGCCCCCGAGUUCCCUUUCCCUAACGCAGUUAUUGAAGCUUACCAGGUAGUAAACUGGGUCCAGACACAGGACACAACCCUCAGUAUUAACAAAAGAAGGGUAAUAGUGAUGGGGGAUGGAAGUGGGGCAGCGCUGGCCUCAGCAGUGGCUAUACUUCACCAGAGACACCAGGGAAAGUCACUGUUGGACAGCACUGCUGACCUUCAACCACCUCUAGCUGCUCAGAUUCUGAUUCAUCCUGUUCUACAAGGAUUCUCGUACGGUGAAAACAGCUCCUUAAACCCCAGUAAUAAAGGAACAGUGCAACACAAGUCGCUGUAUCUAUCUUAUUACAUUGCAGGAAAUCCAUCAUUCUCGUCAACUCUAGGAGCAGUAGAAGGUGCUACAGAUGAGUACCCCAAGUUCUGGGGAUCCCUAAUAGAUGACGCGGUUAAAACACGUGAUCCAAUAUCUGAACUUAAACCCAGUGUGGAGGGAAUAUGGAACGAGCUAGCGUUCCCACUGAUGUGUGCUGAUCCGAGCGGGCUGCCCAGCUCCUUGAUAGUGGGAUAUGUCCAGGAUCAGAGCUUCGAUGAUUCCAGGUACUUUGCGGAGUGGCUGCAAUACAACAGAGUACCAGUACACUUCAUACGUGAACUAAGUGGUUACCAUGACAACCUCCUGCUACACUCCAUAUCUCCCAGUGCUAAAAAAGUACUGCAGCACGUGACAGAUUACAUUGAACAUACUGUGUGCUGAACAAGAAGUAAGAAAUAGAGUUGUAGAUACUCAAGUUAAUGGUUCGUUAUCUACUGGGAACAUGAGCUGACAGUAACAAGUGAAAGUAACAGUAGCUCCUUAACAAGUUUCAAUACUCAGGGGACUAAAUAGUAACUACUCUAUUAUUAGUACUGUAUACUGUAUAGUAGUAGUAGUAGUAGUAGUAGUAGUAGUAGUAGUAGUAGUAGUAGUAACUGUAGUAGUACUGUAGUAGUAGUGUAUUUUUGUGGUGACCUUCCAGUCAUCCAGUGGCCUGGUUUCAGAGGUCCUGAUUGAUCAGUUUGUCUCUUAGUUAGAAUUUAGUUAGUUAAUAUUUAACAGAGUUGAAAAUAAUUAAUUAAAUCUCAGACCUAGUACAGAUAGACGGAUAAAUAACGGCACGUUUAGUGUCACAGUUACAGUGUUAACUAUAUAGUAUAUAAUAAUGUAAUGUGUUAGUUGAAAGUAAUCAGUUUAAUCCCUUUUUAUUAUAACACGGAAUGUAUAGCAUUGGGGGCUACUUAAUGGCGGCACCUACACUAUUUACUCCAACAUCUGCUGUAGAAUUACACAAGGUGCGUCACCAUGUGUCAGAAUAGAAAGGGGCGUUCAGCUAUUUAAUUGAUAAUGUUUAGAUUCUUGAAGUUUUGUUAGGUUAAGUUUAUAAUUACAGACGUUUCAGAUUUAAUUCCGUUGCUAUU